CCUCAUGGCGGAGCAGCUGGCCCUGGUGAUUGGGGGCAUCGUUGGGGGCCUGCUUCUACUGCUGUUGACUGGUGUGAGUUGCUGCCUGUGGAGGAGGUUUUGUGCCACCUUCACCUAUGAGGAGCUGCCAGAGACACCAGCCACCGUCAUCAGCGCUGCCUCCAGCAGACAGGGGGACAAGCGCUGUCAGCUACAUUCCAGGACCCAGCUGAGCAGGCCAUCAGGUGUGCCAUUCAUGGUGCCCCCUUCCUUCCAAGGCCGAGACUGGGUACCCCUGCAUAACAAAGAGCUGUCCCGGGCCCCAAAGGACCCCUGUCUAGCCCCAGAGCUCCUGCCUCAUACCUCCAGCGGCAAUCUUGGAGAUGCAGGUGUGGUGGGGACCAUCAACCCAGAGUUGUACAAGUUUCCAGAGGACACAAGUGAAACUCAUUUCCCUGACGGCUGCCUGGGCCGGCUGUGGUUCUCUGUGGAAUACCAGCAGGAGACUGAGCGGCUGCUGGUGGGCCUGAUCAAGGCACAGUUGCUGCAAGCACCCUCUGAGACCUGCAGCCUCCUGGUGAAGCUCCACCUACUGCCUGAUGAGCGGCGCUUCCUCCAGUCCAAGACCAAACGCAAAACCUCCAGCCCACAGUUUGAUGAACACUUCAUCUUCCAGGUAUCCUGCAAGAGUGUGACCCAGAGGGUGCUGAAGUUUUCAGUGUACCAUGUGAACAGACAGAGGAAGCACCAAUUCCUGGGACAGGUGUUGUUCCCGCUGAAGAAUGAGACCCUAGCAGGUGACUGCCACCAUGUCUUCUGGAGAGACCUAGAGGCUGAGAGCCUGGAGCCUCCCUCAGAGUUUGGCGACCUUCAGUUCUGCCUCAGCUACAAUGACUACCUGAACCGCCUGACCGUGGUCGUGCUUCGUGCCAAAGGCCUCCAGCUCCAGGAAGACAGAAGUGUUGUCAGUGUGUUUGUCAAAGUGUCCCUGAUGAACCAAAACAAGUUUGUCAAGUCCAAGAAGACUUCAGCUGUGCUGGGUUCCGUCAACCCUGUGUACAAUGAGACCUUCAGCUUCAAGGCCGAUGCCACCGAGCUGGACACCGCCAGCCUCAGCCUGACAGUGCUGCAGAGCACUGAAGGGGACAGGAGCCACCCUCUGGGUCGUGUGGUGGUGGGACCCUACAUGUACACACGUGGUAGAGAGCUGGAGCACUGGGAUGAGAUGCUCAGCAAGCCCAAGGAGCUGGUGAAACGAUGGCAUGCACUCUGUGGCCCCACUGAGCCCUGACCCAGCACCCAGAACUGCAGUUCUGCUUCAGAAGC